AUGAAUCCUCACUAGGAACCUUAAUAAUUCUCAACAAAGGUAGAUGAAUCUCAGAUUAUGAUUGAAUAAAAAAUAAAGAAAAAUCAGAAUUAGAUUGAAUGUCAUUGCUGUCAAAAGAUAAUCAGUUCUAAAUUUAAAAAAGUUAACUCUCUAUAUGUAUGCUUUAAUUGCUUAGAUUAAAUCUCUCUUUUAAAAGUUAAAUAUGGCUUAUCUACCUAAUACAAACUGUUUCAAAGUCCUAUUCAUAAUUAUUAUUGUAAAUUGACAAUGACUCCUACAUCUUAAUUUGAUUUUUCUUUUUCUCAAUGCUAAAUAUGCUAUCAAACUAGAAUGCUGAUCAAAGUGUGCAAUCAGAAUCACUUUUUUUGUGAAACUUGUAUAUCAUCCUACAUUUAAAAUAAUUUUGAUAUUACAGUAAAAUGCCUCCAAUAUGAUUGUAAUGUAAAUAUUAAUUAUCAACUCAUGUUUUUAUAUCUUGAACCUCCUUAAUUGAUAAAAUGGAUACCAAUAACCAAAUAAAUUCAUUGCAUUGGAUAGAGAUGCUCUGGAUUUUGGUCCGUUUGGCCUAGUUAUAUUUAAGGAAAUGUGGAGAUCAUCUCUUUAAAUUAAUGCAAAUGCUAAUUGUGUCACAUUCAAUUCUGUUUUAAAUGUAGAACAGUUCAUCCUGGACUUGAAUGCAGCAAUGAGAUUUUGCUAAAGAACUAUUUAGAAGAACACAAAUGUUUUCGAUGCUAUUGUUGUAAUAGUAUCUGCUAACCACAUUUCUGUUAUAUCAAUGAGCCUUCCAAGAAAUUUAAAGAAUGGAAAUCUAAUAUAUAUGAAUGCUAUGUUUGCAAAAGACUAUUUUGCUAUGACUGCAAAGCUGAAACCAAAAUCACAUUAUUCUCAAAACGCAAAUGUGACAAUUGUGUGAACAAAUACAGAGAAUUGAGAAAGAAAUAAAAGUAAAUCCCAAAAUUUAAGAUAAUCAUUUAAUUUCUAUUCGCAACUUUAAUUUUGGUCUUAUAUUCAGUUUAUUCCAUGAUCUUUAUUUAGAUACCUCAAAUACUUGAUUAUUUUGUAAAUAAGAUUGACCCAAUCUGCGAAAGUCAAGAUCCUCUCAAGAUUAUUUUGCUAAUUGUUAACUUACCCUUUAUUAUUAUUCUAUUUGUUAUGAUUUAUGCGGUUACACUAAUACCUCUGGCAAUAUAUAAUAGUUUUCAAGCUUUUAUUGCUAAAUAAAAAAUAAUUGAUAAUGAUAUAUGA